AUUUUUGAAAGGAACUACAAAAUGGGUGAAUUUGCACACGGUCUUUUUGGCUGUUUUGAUGACUGUGGAACAUGUUUGAUGUCCUAUUUUCUUCCUUGCUACACGUUCGGAACAAUCACCGAGGCAGCCGGAACUGCUAGCUGUGCUCUCGGAACUAUCCUCUUCUUCGUUCCUCUUGUCAACAUAUUCUGCUUUGUAAAUACAAGAAUGGCCAUGAGAGAACAGCAUGGAAUUAUGGGAUCGUGUACUGAAGAUGUGUUAAUGACACUUUUCUGCGGUUUUUGUUCUAUAGUGCAACUAGCUCAGCAAAUAAAGGUGACUCCCGGGGCAAGCGUUGCUCGAACAUAAAGUUAACUACUACCAUCGAUGAAGUGAUUCUAACAGUAGGACUCAGGAAUUGUCAGUAUUUGGAAUUAUGAUAAAUUCGUCAAAUCCUGCCUUCUGAAAGAGCAUAAAAAAUAAACGUGGAGCACGAUUAUACAGCUUUAGAUAAUUAGUAUUUUAGGACCUUAGCUACGUUAUUAGAAUUGUUAUGUUUUUAAAUAUUGCUGAAUCAUACUUUCAACUUUUAGAAGUGAAAACAUUAAAUAAAUUAUGGAUAGCAACGGUGUGUUAUAAUAUAACUGAUUUUUGUGCAAUUUAAAAUGUUCAUUUGUGCAGUGCCAGUAUAUCUGUAUACGUUAAUCUAUUAAGAUUGUUAUUGUCAAAAGUUAUAGUCAAAGAAUACUAAAUUUUCUAUCAAAAGUUA